GCAGCGGGAGGCCUGGGCCGGAGCGCUGCUCGGUCUCCGGGGUGUUUGUGCCCCGCUGGCUCACCGAGGGGGGGCUGAGGGGCGGCGCGAGGAGCUCGCUUGGCUGCGGCCUCGCAGGAGCUUUAUGCCGGCAGAGGUUAAGAAAUGCUUCUCGAGUCCCAGUUCAGCAGCAGGAAAGCCGGCCUCCCCUAAAUUUAGGAGAACAGCAAAUCUCCACCAAAGUUGCCAAACCGGGUGUAAAUUCCCACUUUCUAGUCUUUUAGUAGGCCUUGUUUUUUGGAGACGGUUUGCAGCUCUGAGCUUCCCACUGCACACGGCUGAAAAUUCAUAUGUUGUAUGACCAAACCUGUGGCGCGUCCUGUCCCAUAGGGGCUGCAUAACCCCUUUGUGACCAGAGGCGUACCCAACACGUGAAUGAAAUUCUCGUGUUGCCUACUGCACGUGUGGUGCGAGGCAUCCACUUGCCAUGUGAUUGCAGGGUCACCAGAUGUGUCUACAUCAGUGCUUUAGUGCAAUUCAGGACUCUGCUUUUGAAAAAUAUUUACUGUUUGUCCCUGCUGACCACACUUUGAUUUGCUUUGUGGAUCAGCCUGGGAACGCGUGAACUGGGAUUCCUUUCAGAUGAGACUGACCUGAAGACUGCAGUCCGUCUACAGCUGAUGUGCUCCAGCCUCAAAUAUGUCUGUAGUGUAUGAGGCCAUGCCGAGGCUAAUCUGAAAUAAAAUAAUUCCAGAAACCCAGAUACUGUUGUUACCGUAUUUUCAGCAUUCGCUUUUCCACAGAUCUGCUCCUGUUGCUCCACAGUACUUGCUAAUUUAGUCUUGGCUUUUUAUGUUGUCAUGUGCGUGCCUGUAUUCCCAGCCACAGAAACAGAAUUGAUGUUUCCUGGGACUUGGGGUACUUCUGGUGUGUCUGUUGUGAGAUGGAUAUCCAUUAAUUAAUAUGGCGAUGGUAAGAGGUUGGGGGGCCUUCAAGGAAGGGAUGAUGUGAACCGGGUUGGCAGCUGGAUAAGUUGUUCUGGGGGAGAGCAGUGAGUGUAGCUUGCAGGCCAUGGAUCAGGCGCAGGAGGCUAGACGAAAGGGUUAGGAAACUGCAUCUACACACUGUCUACCCUCGCUGCCUGAGACUGUACCUUGGUAACCUGUGUUUACAACUCUGUUGUCUCAGCUAGAAUUGCCCUGUACCAUUGUUUCUUGAUUAGACAUAAAUUACCGUAGAGACUUUUUUUAUGUCAUACUGGCUUUGAAUCUGACCCUUUGGGUUGGAUGUCAUAUGGAUAAAGCUGUGGUAGUCCAGUUAUGUAUUUUCUGAACUGCAAAGAAAUUCAUUACUGUAUAACAAUAAAAUGUUUUUCCGUUUCAAAAGAAGUUGCUUCCCCAAAAGUACUUGGAAAAAGGAAAAUGCAGUCAGCUAAAGCUGACUAAGGAAAUACCAAAAAGAAAAGGUUUAUGGCCAGCAAGUAUUGUCUAGGUUUGCAUACUUGCACUGUGUUAUUUGUUCCAUUGUUUCAUAUAUAUGUGAAAUGUAUGCACCGUAAUGUAAUUACAGCACAUAAAGCUAUAUAUUUGUGCCUACAUAUAUACCUUCGCAUUUAUUCCAUAUAUGUAGCUCUUUAGAAACUGAAGGCUAGGAGUAAGUUUUUCCUGUGUGUACAUAACGUGAAAGGCUUUUGUAAAUCAUACGUUCUCAGUAACACAGAUCUUUAAUCUUGUUCUCUAAACACUUUAAAGAGAUGGAGGAGCUGGCAGAGCAUGGUGUUUUCUUGCCUUAUAAUAUGCAAGGACUGACAGAAGAGCAAAUUGAAGAACUGAAGUUAAAGGAUGAGUGGGCAGAAAAGUGCGUACCAAGUGGUGGAAGUGUCUUCAAGAAAGAUGAAAUUGGGCGAAGAAAUGGACAUGCUCCAAAUGAAAAAAUGCAGCAAGUUAUAAAGAAGACAAUAGAGGAAGCCAAGGCAUUAAUCUCUAAGAAACAAGUUCAGGCCAAUGUGUGUGUUAAUAUGGAGAUGGUGAAAGAUGCAUUGGACCAGCUCCGAGGGGCUGUGAUGAUUGUGUAUCCAAUGGGACUGCCUCCCCAUGACCCAGUUAGGAUGGAGUUUGAAGAUAAAGAAGACUUGUCGGGAACUCAUGCUGGACUUGAAGUUAUAGAAGAAUCAGAAGCACAAUUAUGGUGGACAGGAAAGGAGUUGAAAGAAACAAAGCUGCUCUCUGACUAUGUAGGCAAAAAUGAGAAAACAACCAUCAUUGUCAAGAUACAGAAAAAAGGACAAGGAGCUCCAGGGCGUGAACCGCUGAUUAGUCAUGAAGAGCAAAAACAGAUGAUGCUGUAUUACUACAGAAAGCAGGAGGAACUUAAGAAACUGGAAGAGGAUGAUGACGACUCGUUUCUAAAUGCUGAGUGGGCAGACAACCAUGCUUUGAAAAGACAAUUUCAUGGUGUAAAAGACAUCAAAUGGGGCCCGAGAUGAAGUCUGCAAACACCCUUUUGCCUCUUUAAGCUGUUUGGUCGAUACACUUGUUUGCAACGAGGAGUUGUGUUGUGUGCGGUAGAGACUGCUGACAAACAGCAGAUGCCUCUUUCAGCCUUAGGUUUUCAAUAAAUAUUUACAUUUCUAUGUAACUGUAGCAGCACUUGUCUCUGCAAAGAAUAGACUCAAUCCUGUUGAAGUUUGUUAUUUUAUUAGAAACUUGUACUUUGAAUAUUGAAAUAUUUAAACUAUUUCAUAGAUAAUUUAUCUAGUAAAUAUGCACUAGAAUGUUUGAUCUUGUUUUGAGUGGUCUUUAUACUUUCUUCGUGAUUCUUGCAUUUCUUUCAGAUGGUACAGUCUGUAGAAGGUAAUUCAUUUUAUAAGAAACCAGUUUUCCCAGGCUAAUCCACUGGAAGUUAGCGAUUUUUAUGUGCUUGUUUGCAUUUCAACAUAGCUAGUUCCAAAGUAUAAUUUUUAAAUGAGUUGACCUCUUAACAAUUGUUUAAAGGAAGUAUUUUUCUAUAAACACAAAUAACAUGAAAAUCCUUGUGAAAUGCUUAAUUUUCAUUCUUUUGGUUUAGUUUUCAUUGACAUUGGAAGCCAACCUAGUGAUCUCAUUCAGUUUAAGAAGCCAUUAGCCAUGAUGCAUUUAUCUAAAGAUUGAAGAAAUCUGUUUAAAAAAGUAAGCAUCAUUUGCAAGUAGAUUGGCUAGCAUAAAAUCAAGUUUAAUAGGGCAAGAUCUCUAACAUGGAAGUGCUUCUAAGGUUAUGGCUGGAUGAAAAGUGUUUAGUUUCUAACAAAUCAGCAUUUUAAAAUGAGCAACAAUGAAAUUUAUCAGAGAGUGUUUCCACUAUAUGCUUGAUGUUUAGGAUGCUGCUACCAUUUCUAAAAAGUAUCAUCAGUCAGUUCUGGGCUCAAGACUAACAAGGGAAAUGCUAGUAGACUUGAAGCAAAUGUUGUGUCUGUUUUGGAAGGGAGGAUUCUGAUUGGGGAUACUGUGUGACUAAUGGAUAAUUAAAUCUCUAGAAUUAUUGAGGUAGAUAAUUAAUGUUUAGAAACAAGUUACUCAAGUUUUACACGUUUAGACUUCUCUGUCCUUAAAGGAGAUGCUUUUCUACGGAGGCAGACAUGCACCCUCGUCAGGUCGCUUGCUGAGCAGCAGAAAGCCAGGGUGCCCUGAAAAUUCUGUGCAAGGAUCAACUGAGCAUUUUAAAAAGAGGUGAGGCGAUGUGGGCGCUCACAGCCAACAACUAAAACAAUGUUUUCGCUCACACCCCAGAGCAGUUGUCCCUAGGCCAGCAGGGAGCUGAGACCGCCCACCUUUUCGGUUCCGCACUGCAGCAAGGCAAGCCAGCUGGGGACGCUGGGUCUGUAGUUUGCAGUAGGCUUCAGGAUACUGACUUGCCCCUGCACGCGUCUGCUUCAAUUCCACCUGAGCCAAACUAGAUUGUGUUCACAAACUACAUCAGUCUCAAGAACAGGCAGUUGCUUGCCAGCACCUAGUUUAAGUCAAAUUUUAAUGUGAAGUUGUUUUUUGUUUUUUUGCAGGUGCCGCGUUACGGCACUGUGGUGCUGGGGCUGCUCAGCAGCUAUGGAAGUCAGAUGGGUUUUGUUUGCUGUCUGAACUUACACCCGCUUUUGACGUUUUUCAUUGAUAGUUUUUUUGUCUUAUUCAUGCUCUAAUCCUCGUGUCAGGAGGGCUUAGUGGCAGAGACAUUUGAAAACACAAACGUCUGAGAUGAUAUCAGACAGAAGCUUCCUGCCUUGCCAAACCUGCCAGCGCGACAAGAUAGAAGUAAAUUCUGUGGUCGUUGACUGUCCGCUAAAAAUACCUGGCUGUGGCUCUCCAGAUUCACAGAUCUCAAUAUUGCCGGCUUAAGUCUCUCUGCUCGUUUGAGUCAUUGUAAAAUAACAAAAAGAAAGUGUCUUGC